AUGGACGACUACAUGUUCCGAGAACAUGUCAGCAAUUGCCGCCAAGUCGAGGAGGCGACGCACUAUGUUGAGAUUCUCAACUAUUCGGUGAGUCUCGAGGAAUCACAUGCCUCACUCAUCUUUGCGCAAUGGACGGACGGGGUCGAAUGGCCUGGAUGCGACGGGUCCAAGGCGCAGGAACGCGGUCUCAUUGAGCGCAGGCUAAACCCAAUUGACUUCCAGGACCCUUUCUACAAUUCGUCCGAGGAGCACCCCCUGACCAUGGACGAGUUUGACAACUUCCUUCACCGACGGGGCGCGUUCGAGCCGGCAAAGGUCAAGGAGGGCGUCGAGCUGGUCAAUGGCAUCCGUCUAGUGCUCCAGAAGAACGCAAAGCACAAGGACACUUUUACGCCGCACACAAUCUCCUUCAAGGCAGAUGCCUACGAGUCCAUGGUCCGCACCAUGCGGCUGCCAUUUAGAGCCGUUGAGGGUACCAGCGUCGUCGGACCGUUCUUUUGGUGCGCCUACGACCAGGACGACGAGGAUCCCACUCUACAAAUCAUCUUCCGCAAGUCCGACGUCCGCAAAAAGGGCAAGACGCGCGGGUGGGAGAUCAUGCUCUCGCACUGCUUCAGCAACGGCAUCACCUCGGGUUACGUCAAGGGCACGCCGAGCUCCGACAUUGUCACCGCGAUCAAGCACCUAAAGUACUGCGCGCGCCAGGUGGGCCACCCGAUGCUGCUGCCCAUCAUCAUCCUCUCGCACGACCUGUCGUCGCAGAACGACCAGAAGCAGCGUGAUGCACGCGACUGGCUGCGCAAGCUCGAGCACGCCGUCAGCAUGCGCAACGAGAUCGAGGACGAGGAGGGCUACGUCAGCAAGGACGGGUAUCUCGAGGUCGACGCCAUCAGCCGGGACCUCGUCGAGUGCCACAGCCAGGUGCUGUGGAAGCGGCCCCAGGCGUAUCUGGAGAUUGUCAAGGAGAUCGCCGCCGGGCUGGACAAGUUCAAGGCGAAGGUGCCCGCGGAGCAUCUCACGCCGGACCUCGACAAGCUGCACCGGAGCAUGAUUGCCAGGUUGGAAUUUUACCGGCUGAAGCUCAAGGGGAUCGAGAACUACCAGGCGACGACGCUGGAGAGACUUCACAUCCAGCGUAGCGCGCGAGAGUCCAAGAUUCAGUUCCAGAUGGCCGGAGAGCAGCGCAGGUUGGCGCACGCCAGCAAGCGGGACAGCACCGCGAUGAAGACCAUCUCGCUGCUCGGUGCUGUGUUCCUGCCGGGGACCUUUCUCGCGUCGGUUUUCAGCAUGACGUUUUUCGAUUUCGGAAACGAUGCGAAUCCUGUCAUAUCAAAGGAGCUCUGGGUGUACUUCGCCAUCACAAUACCGCUGACGAUCAUCAUCGUCGGCGGGUGGAUCCUAUUCGAUAGGCGGCGCGAGGGUAAGUUCGCCUCCGAGGACGCGGACCUGGAGAAGAACAUUGAGCACAUGGAGGCGGACAUCAUGGCCAUGAUGCGGAAGCGGACGAUGAGCAAGGCCAACACGUGGACGUCGGUUACGUCGCCCAUACGACCAUGA